AUGCAGACCGCCGUUCAGCUUCCUUGGCCUCGUCAGGUUUGCUUUGCAGACCUCGCGGGUCGGGAAAAUGAGAAGACGACGCAGGUCACCGGCGAGAGGUUCGUGGAGCUGAGCUUCAUUAACAAGAGCCUGCUGUACCUGUCCGGCUGCAUCCAGAGCUUGGGCCAGCAAACUCACCGCCGGCGCCUUCAAACUGACCAUGGCUCUGGCACUCCGAAGUCGAAGGGCGUGGACAUGUCGAAGUUUCGCAACUCCAAGCUGACACUGCUCCUCUCAAACGCGCUGUCGGGGAAUUCGAGAACAUCGAUGAUUGGAACGUUGAGUCCGGCGGCAGCCCACUUCGAGGAGAGUCACAACACACUCAGGUUUGCUUCGACAGUGAAGACCAUCAAGGUGCAAGCCAAAGCAGCGCGAGCGGUGGACAAGGACUCAAGUGUUGCGGGGUUCAUGUACAUUGGCACCAAAGCAGCUUUGCUUUUCGCCAUGGCCAAUCUCGGUCCGCUUUCAGAGCCUCUGAAGCUGCUGGAUGGAAGGCUGAUGCCGAGGAUAGGCCUGGGCGUUUACAGGUCCAAGCCUGGCCCGGAAACGUACAACGCCGUCAAAUGGGCAUUGGAAAUGGGAUAUCGUUUGGUGGAUACUGCGGCCUUGUAUCGCAACGAAAAGAGUGUGGGCGAGGCCAUCAAGGAUUCGGGACUCUCCCGAGAAGAUGUUUGGAUCACUACCAAGCUUUGGGACAGUGAUCACGGAUACGAGGCCACUCUGAAAGCAUGCGAGAAUAGCCUACAUCAACUCGGAAUGUCAUACAUCGACUUGUACUUGAUCCACUCCCCGAACACCGGUAAGUUGGUCGAGACCUGGGAUGCAUUGAUCGAGCUUCAGCGCCGCGGCGUGGUGAGGUCCAUCGGCGUUUCGAAUUUCGGGGUGCCGCAUUUGGAAGCGCUUCGAUCCUCGGGCCGCCAGCUGCCCGUUGUGAAUCAGAUCGAAAUGCACCCGAUGGUGUACCAAGAGCGAAAGCCCGUGCUUGAGUUUUGCGCUGCUCAUGGCAUCAAAGUCACAGCUUAUGGUUCAAUUUUUUCUGGUCAGCAAGAACAGCUAGGAAGGAAAGAGGUGGCACAGGUUCUUGCUGCACACCCGAGUAAGACGCCGGCACAAAUUCUGCUGCGAUGGGGCCUGCAGAUGGACUUCCAAGUGAUACCAAAGAGUGUUCGCCGGGAGCGUCUCGAGGAGAACAUGAAUCUGAUGGACUUCGAGCUGACGCCCGGCGAGAUGGAAUCGUUAAGUGCGAUGCGUGGAGCCUUGCACGAGUACUGGAACCCGUUGAAGAGCAAGGUUGACCUGGGACGGACGGAUCGGGGGACAGCGGGAUCUUGA